GAACGCACCGUUUUUCCCGUUCUCGAGGCGGGUGCCAGCUCUCUAAACGUUUCUAAACGCGCGCGGCGUCGCGAUAUAUUUACGCGAACGGGGAGACUUCGGUGGAUUCGGUGGCAACGGUCCAGCAGCCGUGUUACGGAAAUAGAUUUCGGCUGGUGGCGAUGCAACAGCUCUCCUUGUGGCCGGAGGCAGCCCAGUACCGUGGCGACCAGUUCCCGAGGAAAACCGGAGAAAUCGACUCCGCGAGGUCCCACAUGAAUAACCCGGGAGCUGAAAAAUGGCGUCCUAUGGCCAUCUCGAACCCAUCGACUCGGUUGCGCAUGGCAAGAUCCAUGCCCCACUGGGUGCUGGCGCAACAACAGAAGGAGAUGGAUCAAAAGCAGCAACGCCGACCACCGACCCCGCCCAAAGUCCCGCCACCGUCGCUCUCCGGAGACUGUGGUGACCCGGACUACGAGAUCAUCGAAUUUCCGACCCGACCGCAAGCGCAGAAAUCCUCUCAGACACCGGCCACCACGAGCCCGUACAAGUGCGCCCUGUGCGGGGCCGAGAACGUGUUCGCCCGUUGCGACACGUGCAACGGGAAUUACUGCGAGGCCUGCGACGACAUGAACCACAAACAUCCGAAAAGGAAGAGCCACGUGCGAAGAAGAAUUCUGAUUCCUGGCUCCGCCGCGAAAACACGGCCACCCUUGCCGCCCAAAGGGGACAAUUUCUCCAGUCCACCACCCGUACCGCCACCCAGGCGAAAUCGCAAGAACGCUCAGGCUAAAUCGACGCAAAACCAGGGAUCGACGAAUCUCUCCUUGAUCGAGAGAGUUGGCAGUUUGAAGCGGACACUUCCAAACACGACCAGGCCCCUGUCAGCCACGUUAGAUACGAAAACCGUGUCGAAAUCCAUGCAAUCUAUGAAUAUCACUACCGACGGAACAGGAUCGAGCACCGACAAAAUGUCCACUCUACAGGAGAGGUAUAGGAAAUACCAGGAGGCGAUGAGAGCGCAGGAUGCGAAUCGAAGGAGGCACACUUCUUCCGAUAUUUCGAGAGACACAAGGCCGUUGAGCGUUGCCAGCCCGAAACUCGCACCUCCCCCGAUACCACCACCUCCCCCGCCCAGAUCCAUGAUGCAAUCGGCCAGCGUUUGCGAUUUAUCCUCGCCUCACAUGUGGAAUCCUGGAAUGCAUCAGGCUCAAUCAAUGGCCCACCUCGGUCCCGGAGGCAUGCCAAUGAUGUGGUAUCCACCGAAUCCUCAAUGGGACAUGAGCAUGGGCGGUUCGACGAUGAGCCUCAACCAUCCACCUAUGUGGGCCUACCCCAUGGGAUAUCCUCCGUCCCAGAUGCUCCCGCCCCAUUAUCCGGCCACCCUGUCCAGGCCUCACAGCCCGGCAAGAAGCGUGAAAUCGAGCAGAAGAUCGAGAGCAGCCUCGCCAUCGCCUAGCCUGAAAUCUAGAAAGUCGUUGGCCUCCAGAUCGAGAUCGAGACGAUCCCAAGGCUCGCCAUCCGACGCGAGCUCCGAAGAUUCAGGAGAAUCGGAUUUCGAUGACAGGCUGUCAAAGAGCUCGAGAGGCACCAGGCGUGGAAGCGUGUCCAGGAGCGCGAGGCAAAGGAGUUAUCACGAGGACGAUAGCGCUAGGAACUUGUUGAACAGGAAUCGUCGCGAAAGGUUAAUGUCAGAGGAAAGAGUAGUUACCAGUACGGAGGAUCAAUGGUCCGAGAGUCAAUCGAUGAAACGGUAUCCCAUGUCGCCCAAGGGCUACGAUGAAUUCCAGAAAAACAGUUUGAAUUCGCGAAGACGAUACGAGCAAGAUGAUCGCAGGCUCUCCAGAGCGGAUUCGCGAUUGGAUCGCAACAUUCAGAAUGGCAGCUAUCGUCGAAAACGGAGCACCGACGACGACUCGUCGGAUAGAAGAUCCAGCUUGCAGACACGAUCCAGAAUGACCAGCUCCUCCGACGAUCAUUUCGAGAGAUCGGAAAUGCUUCCACGACGAAGGGACGACGAAGCGAGAAGAGCCUCCUCCGUGAGAAGGGACAUCGUGAAUUUGGACAAUCUCGAAAGAUCUUCUCGCAGGGAUUCUCGAAGAUCCUCCAUCGACAGCGAUGCACACGAGAUGACGAGAAGAAGAACACCUUCCAGAGACUCGUUUCCCGAGAAGAUCCAGGGGAUCGACGAUGCAAGGCCUGUCAGAGAUGUCGAAGGCGACGCACCACGCGCUGCGAGAAAUCUUCUUCCGAGUCGCGAGUCCUCGCAAGAUAGAAACGUGGCCACGAAGAGGGAACCUUCGUUGAGAAGGCAAACUUCGUCCGAGGAAAUGGAAAGAUCUUCUUUGAAACGAGCGUUGUCUCGUGAGAACGUAAAAAGGACCCCGUCUAGAGAGGGAGACCCCAGAAAAAUUCGUGAAAACGACGAGCUCGUGAGCAAGAAUCAGGAGGAGGCUCGAGAUGUUGGACGUUCCAACGUUGAAACGGAAGAACGAAGCGGGGAGGAUGGGGAGGAUCCAAAGAAGACGGGGAAUGAAGGAAUCAAACGUCUGGAAAGAACAGGAAGAUCGGCAGGAAAAGAAGAAAAGCGGGAACGAGCAACGACGAACGCGGAUCAGGAAAAUUCAUCGAAAGAUGGAAAUGAAAGAGGCACGACGAUGGAGAUUCCCAAAGAGGAAUGGGCUUGCGAGCAUUGCACUUUUAUAAACAAUAUAAAGGAUCGGGUCUGCGUGGUUUGUUGCAAAACUAGAAGCAGCGCGUUGCCACCUAGCACGGAAGAGAACAUGGAUCAUGUUCCAAGCGAUUUGAGCGAGAUUCCCAAAAACGAGUCGGCGACCGCGUCGAGCAACAUCAACGAUCCCAGUCCGGAUCUCGAGAAACGGACCAGCCUGUUAAAGAUUUCGAACAGCGAAGAGAGCGGGGACAGUGUCUCCACAAAGAGCAAAGAUAUCGCGAUGUUUGAAGAUUCGUCGAAAGUCACGGACAAACCGAUGGCUGAAUCUUCGUCGAAAAAUGAAUCGGCAUUGAUAACGAACGAUGCAUCGAUAACAAGCACGAAAAUAAACGAGGAGGAGCCAAUUAAACGACCCAUGCUCGGGAAAAUUCCAAAAAGCCAUUCGGUUUCCACCGGAACCUCCCCACCUCCUCAGAGCAUUUCCACUCAAACUUACGACUAUCUUCCAUCGAGAGGAAGUGGCGGCGGAUUCGUGAGAGCUGCAUCCGCUUCAAAGGGAUUAUUGUAUUACGAGGACAGCGAUGGAGAGGAUGCUGAGCGUUUGUUUCAGGAACAAAACGGGUUCGCGAACAGUCCAGAUUUGUAUCCACGAACGAUCCAGGAUCAAUAUCUUCAGUUGAUCGGGCCCAGCAGGGAUCGUACGCGAAGAAAUUCCAUCGACUCCACCCACCUUUAUUACCGUUCCAGGGAAUCGAGCCAACCCAGAUUCCUCGAAGGACCUGGACCGAGUUCACAAGGCGUUUCAACGUUGACCAGACAAGGCUUGGAGAUCGUAGAGAUUUUAAGGGAGGCUGAGAAACAUGGUUACUCCACGGACGACGUCCAGGUGGCUUUGUCUCAGGGGGCGAGCAAUCCCAUCGACUGGUUGAAGACCCAGUGGCCCCACUUGGUGGAAACCGUGCAAGUUCUGGUUACCACUCAAGGAAGGGAGAUGAAAGAGAAUAAUAUCGGGAUGCUUUCCGGCGUGGAGGCGAAAGAGGCGUUGAGAGUCACGAAAGGGGAUGUUUGGAAGGCUGUCGCGAUGGCCGCUCAACGUAGACAGCUAAAAUGCGAGGAAAUUAUGAAGAAAGGGAAUUUCACGAUGAUGGAAGUGGUGAAAGCGUUGGAAAAUAACGCCGGUGCCGAGGAUGCGGCUUUGUUCGAGCUGCAGAAAAAUCAGCUCAAGCCGUUCUUGAUGAGGAUCUGGGGUCCUCCGGUUGGGGUGGAAAACGACGAGGCUGCACCGCGGGAAGAUGCGGUCGGUGGUGAGACGAGCGGUUCCGAACAGAUUACCCACGUGGGUACGGACACGGAAGCGAGGAAGCAGGUAAUGUCACCAAUCGUAGAAAAUUUCGUCGCGUUGCAGGCCGACUUUCAAAAGCAACUGGCAGCCCUCAGACAGCUAACCGAUAACUGGCAACACGAAACACACCCCCUGAACACGCUCGGUAAUAAGCCUGAUAAUCUGUAUCAAGUUAACAAUGACGAUCGAACAGUUCUAAUCGAUAAAAAUCUGGUCCCAAGGGCCGCACAAGAUGUAGCAAACACAGUUAAAACAGUGGAGAGCGAGGGAUCAAAGAAACGAGCCAAUGAGGACGAAACUAGAUUAACAAUUCGAAAUACCGACACACCGAUCGAGAAACACGAUCAAAAUAAUAAUUCCACGAUACGAAAUUUGAUUGGAGAAAAAGAACGAGUCGAGAAAUUGGAGGAUGAGAAUGAAAUCAACGAUAAGACGGUUAAAGAUGAAAUUUCGAUCCGAGAUAUCCAUCAAACCGAGACAAUGAUGAUUAAAAAUAUCAUUUCGCCUAUCGUAACCGAAGAAGACCACGAUAAAAGGAUUGAUCCGACGACGACGAGUUUAAUUCGAAAAGAAGUAACCGAUCCGACGGAAAAUUCCUCGCAGAACGAUCGAAGCGAAGAAAAAGAGAUUUCGAUCAUCGAUAGAGACACAAAGGGAGAAAAAUCUACGGAGAAUAAGAAGGAAGAAAGUGUUUGGUCCCCUGGUAUCGAGAAAGAAUCAUCUUGUACAGCGGUGGACGAAACGAACGAUGUAACCAGAUCGAAAGAGAAUGUAAAGCAAACGGUAGAGAUGAGUUCGAAAGUAGCCCAAGAGAAGGUCGAAGAAGCUAUUGAUUCUCGCAUUAAAGAAAGCGAGACGACCCCCCGAAACAGCUCCGAUCCCGGGCAAAGCGGCGUAGAAACAGAUAAAGCUUCCUCGUCGUUCUCGAAGAAGAACGAGCCGCCGCCAUCCCGGAAGGCUUCUUCCGAUCUUCAUCAAAGCCCGUUACAAGUAGAUAAAGAUUCCUCUUUGGUAGAAAGAAGUAUCCCUUUGACGUCCAACGUAACGGACCACGAGGAGAGUGUAUCUGAGAUGUUGGAAGAAUCUACUCGAGAUCAACCGCAAACCGAUGGAAUCGAGCGGCCCGAUUUAAUAAACGAAACCACGAUGCAACAACAAGACGAUUUCUCUCGAAGGGCAACGCCGAUAUCCGUGGAACUAAUUAAUUCCGCUGUUGAAAAUUCCUCCGAAGAGAGAAACGAGAGGAUUUUUCAAGGGAAUAUCGAGAGCAAAGAAACGAACGAAUCGAAUAAAUUGAAGCGCGAAGAGAAGGAUACGAAGAGGGCAGAAUCGAGGAAUGCGAUCGAGGAAUCUCGAUCGACAAUAAUUACGGCUGAAAAUGGUUUCGAAAUGGAUCAAAGUUUCGAGGCCGUGUUGCCGCGGAAAGAAGAGACGCAGGUAGAGGCGUUGUUGUCCGCGAUGAAAUCGUUGCCGGAGCAAUUACUGGGUCCUUUCAUAUCGGCGAUGCAGAUGUUGUCGUCGAAGAAAUCGGGCGUGGACGCCGAUAUUCUCGAUUCUGGCCGCGGAAAGAACCGGAACGCUUCGCCUCUUCGAACUUGCAUUGAUAGUGGAUCGAUGGAAGAUAAAAGCGUACCUCGAAGCGUCGAAAAUUCGGGGAAACUCGUAGCGGAAGUGGGGGGAACAACGGCGGCCGACAUCGAAAAACUGCAAGAAAUCGAAACGGUACGUAGAAACGAGAGAAACGAUAACAACGUCAAAUUCAUUAACGUAGAAGGGGGGGAAAUGGAGGGAGAAUUUAACAGGAAUCGGGUCCAAGAGGAAGAGGAGAAAUUGUUGCAGAACGAAGGGGAAACGGAAACAUCGAUGGAACACGUAAGUUCCCCGGAAAUUGCUAUUGACGAUACUAACACAAGUGAAAAAGCAUCUAAUUCUGAACAUUCUCGGCGCUCAAUGAACGAAGUUUCGAUCAUCGAUUCGAGGGCAUCGUCAUUAAAUAUCGAGAAUUCAUCUCAUAAAGAUCAUCUCGAAGCGAAUUCUGAAAUUCACGCGCGGAACGAUCCAUCGAUUGAGCGAUCGAAGGAUAACUCUUCCUCGAACGACGCGAAAGAUUCUAAGUUUAACGAUGCAUCUUCGAAAAACGAAUCACUCACCGCUGAUGGUCCGAUAAGACUAAACGAGGCCAUUGGCGCAGAAUCAUUAUCGAGCGAGACGUCAUCCUCGUUCGUACGUGACUCGGGGACGUCUGUCAGUGAAUCAUCCGACAUGCAAAUGCGCUCGACGGCUAUUGGGGCUCGAGCUGGCGAUGAUAACCGUGUGAAAUUAAUUGAUGCCAGUUUGGUGGUUGACAAUCGACCCUUUGCGGAGAGUGCGGUCAUUUUGGAGCGCAAAUCGCUUGAUAAUAAUCAGACUAAUUCGACUCAGACGGAUGUGCCUCCUGAGGUUUGCCUUACCCUUGAAGAAAGUCCCAAUUUAGCAGACAGAGAAUUUAAUAGAGUCUCUGUUGGCCCAGCUUUGAAAAAUUCUGGAAUCGAUCCGCAGAAAAUUUCUGAGGAGCCCGAUAAUUUAAUUAAAAAUGUUUCUCGAGAUUGUGGAAAUAUCAGACACGAGAUCUUGAAAGAGGUCGCUCGAAAAGAGAUAGCCGAAGAAGGACCUAGAUCUGCUAGUCCAGAUUCUUCAAAAGGUCUUGAAAUAGCUCAGGAAAUUUCUGUGGAUUCUAAGAUCGUUGUAACUCCUAUAGAUUCCAAAGUUGAUGGAAUCUCUCUGGAUACCGAAUCCUCUGUUCCCAAUAUCUCAAUGCAUUCUAAUAUUAUUACGCGGGAAAAAUCAGAAAAUUUGGAAAUUUCUAUUCAACGAGUUCCCGAGAAUUCAAAGAAUACGUCUAAUAUUCCUUUAGAUUCUAAAACUACAAUCUCUGAAAUUAUUUCCACUAAAAUAUCCGCAGAUUCUAAAAUUGUGGUCGAAGAAAUUUCGAGAACCCUUCCUUCAGAUUCUGAUAUUCCCAAAGAUUCAAAAAUUACGAUCUCUGAAACUUCGAGAGAUUCUAUUCCAAACGAGAUAUUUGAAGAUUCCAAAAUUUAUUCUAAAGAUUCUUCAGACUCAAAGUUAGCUAUUCUUGAAAAGAAUUCUGAUACUUUUAAAAAUGUUGAAGCAAUUCCCGAAACUUCUAAAUCUGAUUCUUCUAAAUCUGUCCCAAAUGAAAUAUCCGAAGAUUUAAAAAUUUAUACUCGAGAAGAUUCUUCAGAUUUAAAAUCAAUGAUCGUUGAAAAAACUCCUGACACAAAUAUCACAGAUUCUAAAAUUUCAAACGAUUCUAAAUCUUCUCUAUCAAACGAAGAAUCUAAAGAUUCCAAAAUUAUUAUUCAAGAAGUUUCAAAAGAUUCUCAAAUUCCUAUUCAUAACUCUUCUUCGGAUUUAAAUAUGAUCCCCGAAGAAAAUUCGAAAACUACUUCACCUGAUGCUUUCAAGGAAUCUGACAACGGUCAGAAACCAUCCCAACAGUCCAAAACUCCAGAGAUCCUUAACAAACCCACAACGAUCGUCCACGAAACUUCUGAAGACGCAUUGCAUGUAUCCGAAAAAGUGGAACAGCCUAUCUCCGUCGCAUGCCACGUUCCCCACGACAAAAUCGAUAUCUCACCGCUAACCUCUGCAAGUAAGUCUGCCGAUUCUAAAAAGGAAACUUCCAAGCAAAUUAACAUUCGAUCGAAAUCAGAAUCAGAAGAUAACGCUGCAUCUACGAAAGUAAACGAUAUAAAAAAAGAUACUUCUCUUCUCCUUCUUGUAGAAACGAAAACUGACACAGAAAUCCAGGAUAAUUCGAAUAAAUCAAUAAAAAAGAUCGAUUCGGAGAUAGGGAAAAACGUAGGAGAGAUUCCAUCCGUGCUCUCCGGCAUCGUCGACGCGAGUAAACCUUUCGAAGCACUCGCCAAUACCGAAUCGACGAUUGUAAAUAUUUCGAGUGACCCUUCCAUUUCCGGCUCCUCGUCGAGCUCGCGUACUUUGAACGGAUCGCCCGUUAACGAGCCAAAUUCCACGGAUACUAACGAUAUAGCGAACCGCUUCGUCGCUUCUGAUAACGUUCCCGAUACGUCGCAUAAAAACGCGUCAAACUCGAUCGAAGGAAGUAUCGAGUCGAAUCCGAACGAAACUUAUUUCGCCGAUAACGUGCCUGGAACCCUUAACGAAUCCUCCCUCGACGAUGAUAAAAGUAUAGAAAAAGAUUCGAACAAUAACGCGUCCCAUUUAUAUCCUCCAACUUCGAACGAAAUUGGUGGAAAUGGGAUCGAAGUGAAACGGAAGGAAAAUCCUGAAAUAUACGUUGUUGUCUCGGAUACUUGUACGAUGUACGAAGAUUCGCCGGUAAAUAUAUCGGAAUCCUCGAGCCAAAGAAUUGUCGCGUGUUCGAACGUAAAUAGUAUUAAUGACGCGCAUCCAGGAACAGCCGACGUUAUAGAGAUCAAAAUAACCGAAUGCCCUAUGAUAGCGGUGAACGAUUGUGCGCCGAUAAAAGUCGUGGAAAGUCGAUCGGAGGGGAAUCCGAUCGAGGGGACGAGGAAAUUGCGAACGGAGAGCGAGAUCGCGAGGAUUUUUUCGGGAGAAAGCGCGGUGGGCGUCGAAAAUAAUGAAACGGAUGCAAAUGAAGUUGAUAAAGCGGUUGGAUCGAGAGGUACGGUGAAGGAGAGAUCCAAAUCCCCUGCGAAAAAGAUGGGCAGAAGGAGGUCUCCGGUGAAAGUGGUGAAAAAACCUACCGGCAUACCGAGAAGAAAUUUUGGAAAAGUCAGCCCGAAAGGCGCGACGAUGGCAAAGGCGAAGGAAACCGCGGCUGAAAUAACUCGGAGAUCGGCAUUGCCGAAUUGUCAAAAAUUGUCGAGGAAAAGCCCCCCGAAAACUAGUACCAUUAGAAUAGCGAAAAAUAUUUCUUCGAGCGAUGUAACGAGCAAAACGAGAUCAUUGCCUGGACAAAAGCAAAUUUUAAAGAAUCUUAAACCUCCGACGGAGAAGGUGAUAAAGGAAAAGAGAUCGACAAUUUUGAAUACUUUAUCGAAAGGUUGCGAACAAAUUAAGAGAUCGAUCGUGCCCGCGCAAUUAGAUACUGAUAGAAGUAACGAAAUAACGGAUGAGAUAAAUUUAAAAGGGAAGAACACGUUGAAAUCUUCCUUCCUCUCGAGGAUCCCCGUGUUCACGGCAAGACGUCGAGUUUCGCGACAGACUCCUGAAACUUCGUGGCAAUCUUCGAGAACGGUAUCCGGUGACGGGUUAACUAGAGCUUCGACGAAACCAUCGAUUACCCAACAAGCAUCGAGAAAAAGUAGUUCAGCUGGAAAUGGUUCGAGGAUUGGAGGCGGACAAAAAAUGGAUUCCGAUAAAGUCGAGGGAAAUUUAAAUGGCGGGAAGAUGGUGGCCGUAAAAACUGAAGCAGCUCGGACGAGAACUUCCGGGGAUGAGAAAGGAACGGGAGAAAAAACGAAAGCCACGAUGGUAUCGGAGAAAAAUGACAAGGAGGUGGUCGUGAUCGAGUCUACUAAGGGAGAUCCUAUGGUAUCCGAGGAAGUGGAUUUAAAUGAUACGACUUCGAGCGAAGAAUACGAGCUGGAAGAAGUUUCAGAUAACGAAACUUCCGCCUCCGACUUGGAGAGCAUCACUGAAUCGGAAUGUAUAUCGGAAAAAGAGCAGUCGGAUCGUACUUUGGACAGUACGGAGGAGUUGACCGAUGCCGAAAUUAUGCUACGAGAAACGAUUAACGCGAUAAAAGCGAAAAUAUCCGAUUCCGAAUUUGAGAAUUCUGAAAAUGAGUGUAUCACUGAUAACGAAAGCAAAGAGGAUUCUAACGAAGAUCACGUGAGAGAUUCUUCCUCCUCCGAAGAAGAGGAGGAACAAUUGGGGAAAGAUAAAAAAAUUGAUAAUGAAAAUUCGGAUAAUGCAUCGUCCGAAGAAGAUGAUACUUUGAGAGAUGAUACGAACGUUGAUCCGAAGAAUCAACAAUUGCAAAGAGCAAAUAAAUUACUCGAUAAUGCCAAAAAUAUAUCUAAAAGAAAUAUUAUUUCUAAAACUUGUUCCGCUAAAAAAUCUGCUGUAUUUAUAAAAAAUGACACGAAUAUCGUCAAGGAUAAAUCUGUUAAAUUAAGUGAAAAACAACUUGAAAUAAACAAGUCUGGUAAAAACGAGCAAAACAAGACAGAUCUUAAGACAGAAAUCGUAAAAGUGAGACGGUCGAACGAUAAACGCACGAAAGUGAAUCGUAAAGCGAGCACAGGCUGUGACAGAGAGGUGGAUCAGGGUGGAACGUUAAAGAAACGAUUCUCUUUGGUGGCCAGUUGUAUCCGUCGAUUCGAGGGCGAAGAGAAAACGGAACGAGAAUAUGUGGAAAGUAGGAGCGGCAACGCGAAGACAGGCGGAUCUCCCAAAACGGAGAGGGAGAGAAUUGCUCGUCGUCUCUUAGCGGAAGGUAAAGCGUCGAAUUACGACGAAGCGGAAGUAGCCGCCAGUUUGCUGGCUCUGAAGUUCGGAGACAUUGAGGCUCUCCAAGCGGCCAAAGAGUGUUCCAGCAUAGAAUCAGCAUUAGCAUUUUUACAACAAGAAUGUGAACUUUGCACGGGUCGUUUUGCAAUGAGUCAGAUAGUGUCCAUGUUAAAAUGCAUUCAUCGUUGUUGCAACGAGUGUGCAAAGAAUUACUUCACCAUCCAGAUCAGUGACAGAAACAUAACGGAUGCAGUUUGUCCAUUCUGUAAGGAACCAAAUCUUAAAGAUGCGAAUGAAGACGAGGUUCUCGAAUAUUUCAGUAACCUGGACAUACAGUUGAAGACACUUCUAGAUCCUCCGAUUCACGAACUUUUUCAAAGAAAGCUGAGAGAUAGAACAUUAAUGCAAGAUCCGAAUUUUAAGUGGUGCAUUCAGUGUUCAAGCGGAUUUUAUGCAGAUCCAGAUCAAAAGAGAUUAAUAUGCCCCGACUGUCGAUCAGUCACGUGUGCCCAAUGUCGAAGGCCAUGGGAGAAACAGCACGAAGGAAUUACGUGCGAGCAAUUUGCUGCUUGGAAAGACGAGAAUGACCCGGAUAAUCAAGCCGCUGGCUUAGCCAAGCACCUCGCGGAUAAUGGGAUAGAUUGUCCUAAAUGCAAAUUUCGUUACUCCUUGUCUAGAGGAGGUUGUAUGCAUUUCACGUGCAGUCAAUGCAAGUACGAGUUUUGCUGCGGUUGUGGCAAGGCGUUCAUGAUGGGAGCAAAAUGCUCGGUAAGCCCGUAUUGCGCAAAGCUGGGACUUCACGCUCAUCAUCCACGGAACUGUCUGUUCUAUCUUCGCGAUAAGGAGCCCGGGCAGUUACAACAGCUGUUACGAGAUAAUGGAAUCGAGUACGACACAGAGGGUCCAGCUGGCGAGCGCAAGUGCAAAGUGCAAUUGCAAAAAGAAACUCCUACUGGUGUUGUAGACGCGGUAUGCAAUUCAGAUGUUGUCGAGGGACACGCUGGUUUGUGCAGGAACCACUAUAUCGAAUACCUAGUUCGAAAGAUCCGGAUGAUUCAACUGGAACCGCUUCCGUUACUAAACAUAGAUGAUCUCGAGACAUGCGUGAAACGUGCGGGGAUCAAGUUACCCCCGAAUUGGCAGCACUACAUAGAGUACUUGGCGGGUCUGGUACUGAAGGGCAAGCUGGAUCCCGUGGCAAUCUUUGACUUGAACGAUGCCAAGCAAGAGCUGCGCCGUCGGGGAAAAGUUCCCCCUGCGAAGGACCAGGAAAUGUCCGAGCGGGAUUAUCUCGAGGCGUGCAUUCAGAUCGUGCGCAAGGAAAUUCCAUUGGAGUGAUAGAAGGGGAAUAAUUAAUGCGCGAUUUUACGUAACUCACGCUUUUUAUGCAUCAUGUAUAGUGUAUUUAUUUUAUCGUAUGAACAGCGAUGUAGAGAACAAUUUAAAAUUAAAUUAAACAAAGAUUGAAAAUUGUUUAGUAUUUAAUGUAAAAAAAUAAUUAGUCUUUUAAAAAAUAGGAUUUGAAAUC